AUGGCUGGCUCAGCGAGCGAAAUAAGUGAAUCGCUAAAUGCCUGGAUGAAUAGCAACUCGUCCAUAGAGUCUUACGUUCUGAUCAAUUCUGACGGCAUCCCGCUAAAAUACAACGAAGACGUGAGCUACGAACAUGCAGUUAAGCAGGCCUCCCUGUUCUCAGACUUAUUGACAAAAACAAAAAGAUGUGUUAAGGAAUUGCUUCCUCAAGAGAACGAAUUCAACAGCAAUUUACGAAUUCGCACAAAAAAAGAAACUGAAUACAUCAUAUGCAACCAUGGGGACUAUUCGCUCAUAACAAAACAAAAUUGCAAGGACACGCAAACGAAUAAAAAUAAAUGA